AUAUUACAUAAAAUACGAUAGUUCCACCUACUUUCGCUGAAAAUGUUAAAACAUUUUUGAUCAGUAACGCGCGUUUCAAUUGAAAGUACGAUGAUACAAGGUACUAAUCUUUUUAUUCGUGAUCAUCUUCAGUAGAAGUUACCUUUCACCUUUUGAAAUUUGAAUUUUAAAUUUUAGUAUGUGUUUAAAUGUUUACGGUGAACAACCUUAGUAAUGCGCUUGCAAACUAAACUGCAAUUUUUAGGCAUAGUAAUUUUUUUCACUGUUCUGUUAAGUGGUUCCUUAAUUUUGAAAGAAGAUGAAGAAAAUGUUGAAAAAACUACGCAUAGAUCAGUACAGGGUGUGCAGUUUUUGCCGCAAACGAAACAUGUGACAAAAUCUUUAGCGCAACUAGGAAGAAUGGAUAAUGUCAAUAGGCAUUUGUUGUUUUUGAAUCAUGUGCCAAAGUGUGGGUCUGAGAUUUUGAUUUUGUUGUUACAAAAAUUGCAAGGCUUUAAUAAUUAUAGACAUGUAAGAUUAAUAGGUGGUAAUAAGAGGCGUUUGUCAAAUGGUCAACAAGAAAACUUGGUUGAUGAAAUAUAUGGACUGAUGAAAAAAGAAGCUGUGCCAUUAAGCGUAGACCGACAUGUAUUUUUUAUCGAUUUCACAUCGUUUGAUAAACAAUUUCCAACGUAUAUCAAUCUGAUUCGACAUCCAGUAGAUAGAAUUAUUUCAAGGUCAUCAGAUAAAAAACUUAACAGCGAUUAUUAUUAUAAAUGUUUGAUAAACCCAAAAAAUGGAUGUAAUUUCAAAACUGGACAACCUUACGAUCUUUCAAUUCCGUAUUUUUGUGGUCACGAUCCUAGAUGUAUGAUUCUUAAUAAUGAUUGGGCCUUGGAUCAAGCCAAGAACAAUGUAAUUAAAUAUUUUCCAGUUGUGGGAGUUUUAGAGGAAUUAAAUGCUACUUUAGAAAUCUUAGAAGACAAAAUCCCAUAUUUCUUUAAGGGCGCUCGAAGAGUUUAUGAAAAAGAUCUUCUUUAUUUACAAACUAAGAGGAAGAAACUAAAAGCUCCAAAAGUAAUAGUGAGUCGAUUGGAAGAGGCUUUGAUUAAUGAAAUCGACUUUUAUGAAUGGAUCAGAAGUCGUUUAUUUAGACAACUAAAAAUCUUAUAUGGAGACCAUAAUCAGAACUGAAAAUGUUCAAGAAGCAAAUCUGAUAUAACAAUUUAUUUUGAGAGUACAAGUGGUACAAUCAUAAGUGAAAUCUUUGAUGCUAAGUACUAGAAAAACUGUUUAGCUAAAUUAGCUGUUUGGAAACAUUAUAAGUGACGUACUAGCUAGAUUUGACAUUUGUAGUAUAUAUUUAUUAAAAAAAAAAAUGCUUUAAUUAUUCAUGGAUUGUAGUUAAAAUGCUUUUUCUGAACCUACAAAUAAAACGGGUUAUACAAACAAACGUGUAAUUCAAAUCGAAGAGGCAUCAAAUAAUAAUGUAAUAAAAUAAGAAUAAAACUACUCAAAAUCGAUACCAUAAUAUAAUAAAUAUAAAAAUACAACGGAGCGCAACUAAUUUCGGCCUAUGGGGCCAUCAUCAGACAUAGUAUAAAAUGUUAUAAAGUUAAAUUAUGCAAAAUUAUUCAUCUUAUAAAUGUAGGGCAUCAUGAACAAACGAACAUUUUUAUAUUAAGAUGGUACAUACAAAAUAUAUAAAGAACUAAGUGCAAGUAAGGUCAAAGGAACAUAAGUAUCGACAAAUUGAAUUAUUGUAAAAUUAAAAUAACAUUACAAAAUUUAUGGAAUGAGGA